UAAAGACUGCAGAAUUUUUGUAAUAUUAUGUGAAUACUACAUAAUUCUUUACAAUUAUGCAACAGUUUGUUUUAAGUUACGUUAAUGCUUGAAAUAAUUAAUAAGCCCAUCUUAUAUGGAAGUUUUAAAUAAGACUAAUCUUUUUGUUUGUACACAAAUGCUGUAAGAACUGGAAGCUAUCAGCGCAUUUAUUAUAAUUUUACAAUAAUUCAAAACUUUCGGUAAAAAUGUCUUUGUUAAUCAGUUCGGUUGGUAAUUUAUUUCUUGGAGUCAAAACCUCUCGCACGGGUUUAAUUCAGAAAACAUUAAAAUAUUCCGAAGUAAAGAGUGCUUUAUCUUUGAAGAAAUAUUCUACAAGGGAACUGUUAAAUGAAGCCUAUUGCCGUACUAAACUCAAAUGUAGAUCCAAAAAGCUUCCACAAGAUGUUAAUCCUAAAGGUGUUUUUGCGUGCAAUGAAUUGGACCUUUCGGAAGUACAAGUAUAUGGAUUUGACUAUGACUAUACCUUGGCGCACUAUAAACCCACAAUGGAACACCUGCUUUAUAAUCUUGGUAGAGAAUAUCUGUUAGAGAAGUACAAUUACCCUCCAGAAAUAUUGAAACUGGAAUACAAACCCAAUUUUGCUGUUCGAGGUUUACAUUAUGACAUUGAAAAGGGACUUCUUUUAAAACUUGACUCUUUCCUGCAAAUACAAUUUGGAGCUGUGUACAGAGGUCUCACACCUGUAUCAACAGAUGAGGUUCUCAAAUUGUACAAAAACAGGAUUAUACCAAUUGCCUAUGUGGAAGGGGACACAAGGGCUCAUAAGCCAAAUCGGGCAAAGAUGGUGCACUUGGCUGAUUUAUUCUCAGUACCGGAAAUGGGCCUGUUAUGUAAUGUUGCAGAGUAUUUUAUAAAAAAUCACAUUGACUACCACCCUGAAAUAUUGUUCUUAGAUGUCAAGAAUUCAGUGCAGAGCUGCCAUCCAAUAAUGCACAAGAUCGUUGCUCAGAAUGUGGAGGAAUACAUAAGACCUAAUAAAAAAUUACGCAAUUAUUUCCAAAUGUUACAGGAAAGUGACAAAAAACUUUUCCUUGUAACAAACAGUCCCUACCAUUUUGUUAACGCUGGAAUGGAGAUGCUAGUCGGUCACGACUGGCGGGACUUCUUCGAUGUCGUGAUAGUCAACGCUAACAAGCCGAAGUUCUUCACGGAGGUGUCAAGGCCGAUCAGAGUAUUCGAUAAAAACGCCAACAGUCACAUUUGGGAGAAGGUUACUUCAUUAGAAAAAGGAAUCAUCUAUUAUGAGGGUACCGUGAAACAGCUUCAGGACUUGACCGGGUGGUGUGGACAUCAAGUGUUGUACUUCGGGGACCAUCCAUACAGUGACCUCGCUGACGUCACGCUCGAACACGGCUGGAGGACCGGAGCCAUCAUCAAUGAACUCACACACGAGAUCAACACACUGAAUACGAGGUCGUUUAAGGAAAACGCGAAUUGGCUUCAAAUGCUGACGCAACUGAUUGAGGACCAUCAAGACUACAAGGACCCGGAGGCAAUGGAGGUGCUCACACAGUGGAUGGUCGAGAGGGACUACCUCAGGAGUUAUUAUAUCGGUUCCAGGAAUGAGAUCAAGGCGGUGUUUAACCCACAGUUCGGUAGCGUGUUCCGUACGUAUCACAACCCCACGUAUUUCAGCAGGAGACUUUUCAGAUUCGCCGACAUCUACACUUCGAAUAUAAUCAAUCUGUUAAAUUAUUCUUUGACGCACACGUUUUAUCCGCGACGCGGCGUUAUGCCACACGAAUACGGUUCUUAUUUCGUUUAAGUGAAGUAUAAUUUUGUGUAUUUAAUUUUUUUUGUGUUUUGUUUAUUGCUUGUAUAGUCCGGCAAGGCUGUUUGCGUGUGAAUGACUUUUGUGCGAGAGUGUCACUGAGAUGUCAGUGUUACAAGUAAUGAAAAAAAUAAUU